CCACCCACCACCACCACCACCACCUCCUCCACCAGCAGCAGCAGCACUGCUACAGCAGCACCCCCACGCCCCCCGCCCCCCUCUCAAAAAAAAGAAAAAAAAAAACAAAUUCGGGAUCCAAGCAUGCCACAACAGCAGCUGGGUAUCCGCCUAUCCUCCCCCAAAGUCACCGCAGGCGCAGCAGCAGGCUUCCCCCGUCCGAGAGAGCACGGAGACUCCACCGAGUGAUGCCACUACUGCAUCAAGACAAGCACCCAGCGACCGCGUAUAUUGUCGACGCCUGCCGGAGGACCCACCGACAUCACAAUCUCGGCCCUUGACAGAAGAGAGAGCCCCCCCCAACCCCCCCUCGGCUCCGUUCCCGUCCCGACUCCAGGAUGUCCGACAGCAACGCAAGUCCCGCCGACCGGGUGAUCAAAUCGGUCCCCUUCCCCCUGGCCCACCGGCUGACCAUGAAGGAGGUGUUUGAUGCAGAGGGCCGGCCGCGGGUGGACCUGCUCAAAGCUCACCUCACAAAGGAGGGCCGGCUGGAGGAGGCCGUGGCCCUACGCAUCAUCGAUGAGGGCGCCGCCAUCCUGCGCCAGGAGCGCACUAUGUUGGACAUUGAGGCGCCAGUCACGGUGUGUGGCGAUAUCCACGGCCAGUUCUUCGACCUGAUGAAGUUAUUUGAAGUGGGAGGAUCUCCUGCCAACACGCGCUACCUCUUCCUAGGGGACUAUGUGGACAGGGGCUACUUCAGUAUUGAGUGUGUGUUAUACCUGUGGUCACUGAAAAUCCUCUACCCAAAGACGCUCUUUCUUCUACGGGGAAACCAUGAAUGUAGACAUCUGACAGAAUAUUUCACCUUCAAACAAGAAUGUAAGAUCAAGUACUCAGAACAGGUGUACGACUCCUGCAUGGAAGCGUUUGAUUGCCUGCCCCUGGCAGCCCUGAUGAACCAGCAGUUCCUGUGUGUGCAUGGGGGGCUUUCACCAGAGAUCCACACACUGGACGACAUCAAGAAGUUGGACCGGUUCAAGGAGCCUCCAGCGUUUGGGCCCAUGUGCGACCUGUUGUGGGCCGACCCCCUGGAAGACUUUGGCAAUGAGAAGACCCAGGAAUACUUUGGCCACAACACAGUCAGAGGGUGCUCCUAUUUCUACAGUUAUCCAGCAGUGUGCGAGUUCUUACAGACCAACAACCUGCUGUCAAUCAUCAGAGCGCAUGAAGCACAGGAUGCUGGAUACCGUAUGUACAGGAAGAGCCAAACUACAGGUUUCCCCUCCCUCAUCACCAUCUUCUCUGCUCCAAACUACCUGGACGUCUACAACAACAAAGCGGCGGUGCUGAAAUAUGAGAACAAUGUGAUGAACAUCCGUCAGUUCAACUGCUCUCCUCACCCCUACUGGCUGCCCAACUUCAUGGACGUCUUCACAUGGUCGCUGCCAUUUGUGGGAGAAAAGGUAACUGAGAUGCUUGUCAAUGUUCUGAGUAUCUGCUCUGAUGAUGAACUCAUGAACGAUGGAGAUGAGAUCUAUGACGCCAGUGCAGCAGCAGCAAGGAAAGAGGUGAUCAAAAACAAGAUCCGAGCCAUCGGGAAAAUGGCCAAAAUGUUCUCUGUUCUACGGGAGGAGAGUGAGAACGUGUUGACCCUGAAGGGACUGACCCCGACAGGCAUGCUGCCCAGUGGAGUGCUGUCUGGUGGCAAACAGACCCUGCAGAGCGCUACCAUUGAGGCCAUAGAAGCUAUCGAGACAGUUAAGGACGCUGAAGCCAUCCGAGGCUUCUCCCCACAGCAUCGGAUCAGCAGUUUCGAGGAGGCCAAAGGUCUGGACCGCAUCAACGAGAGGAUGCCGCCAAGACGCGAUGCUGUCAACAGCGUGGGCCUGUCGAUGGGCCGCAUGAACAUGGGGGAGCCCAAUGGGACCGACAGCAACAGCAAUAUACAGUGAUGGACGUCUACUCCCACAUGCCCACACACAUACCUGCAGUUACAACACUGAUGUGGUACCAUAUUUAUAGAUACGUGUACAUAGGCAUAUAUACACAAGAAAAGCGCAGCACACAGACACAGUAUUUCGUACACUAAAUAGGCUACAGAUGACAUAACACACACACACACACACACAUACAAACGCAAUCACACACACACGCAAUAACACACACACACACGAUUACCCUCCCCUUUCCUGUUGCCCUCAGCUGUUAUGUAAAGGCAUGAGCGUACCCGGACUUUACCUCCAAAGGCUGAAUCUCUUCACUGAACUGAUCGGCCCUAUUUAGAGAACUACAACUCCCAUGUACCCGCACAACAACAACAACAACAACAACAACAGGAGAAAGCCUCCAAAAACACUCCCCAUGCAAAACAGGAGGAGCUACUGUUCACCUUGUAUGCCGGGGCUCACCAGUGGGUUGACCGUGUCAGCAUGACGUGCCUGUGUUGCUGGUGUGUAGUGUGGGGCGGGGUCACGUGUUUGCACGGGGAGGGGGUGUCAAUCAGGCGGCUGGGGCAUUAUACAUUCAUAUGCUUCUUUUUCCUGUUUGCGUCCCAGAGCAGAAAGUGGAACCAGUUGGUUUUCUGAGGUUGUGGAUAUGCCUGCCUGAGUGCGUGCACAUGCUUCAACAUGUAAAGUGUCCGUGCGGUUAUAUUUGGAGGAAAAAAAAGGUGUGUUUUCUUUGCGAGCAGCUGUGCAAAAGCGAGAAAAAAAUGUUGACGUGUGGUAUGGUGGCGUUUCUGUCAGCGAGAGAUGUACAGAGAUAAUCUCAGCUGCAGUCUAAUCUGAGCCCUCGCUGUCCUUUUCUUCUGCGGAGGAGAUUCCCGUUUGCUUUUGUAGCACUACACUCUGCACGCAUUCUCCACUCGAAGUCAAGUGGAGGAGUCCCCCCUCUUUAAACUCUGGCCCUGUCCAGCUCGAAACUGGGCUCGGAUCCUAUUUGAAGUGUUUUUCCCAACCUGAUGAGUGUAAAUAGGAUACAUAGAGAGGUUUUAUUGCACAUCUGAUGCAUACAGUAACAGGAUGCAAGAUGCAGUAUAGCAGAAGUAGGAUGCUUUAUGUAUGUGAGGGAGCCGGGGGGAGUUAAAAUGUGAAGUCAUGCUCUAUUCAUCCUCUUUCUACAUCUUCCUUUCUUCCCGUGUUUGCUGUCUGCUACCGAACAGCAGCGAUGGCUGGGAAUCUCUGGCCUACAGAGCAGGAAACGAUAUUUCACAGAGACUCUUCUGGUGAAGGCAACAGCCAAGACAACAAGAAGAAGUCAGAAGAAGGUCUUUGUAAAGCAUUUAUAUUAACGCAUCAGUGCAUGCAGAGUUAAGUUCUUUGAUAAUAAUGUGAAGAUUAUAUUUGUGCUCUGUGUUUCACUAUGGUAGGAAUUUUUUUCUUCUUGUUUUUCUGGCUAAUAUAAAUGAACUGAGGUAUAAUGACUCAUUUAUUUUGUACAUAAUGUUAAUUUUAUUUAUUUUUUGUAUUCAUUUUGUGUUAUAUUUUGUUUUUUUCACUUUUUUUUCUUUUCUUUUUCACGACCUGUGUUUCCGGUUUCUUUCGACGCUGUACAGAAUGACAGUACGCUUCUAUUCAAAGUGUCAAGUCCACGUUCUCUCCUCUCUUCUUUGUCGAUGUACAGGAGUUGUUUUUAAUGAUAAAUAUGAAUAACGAUAAACAAAUAUUAAACUAGCAUUGAUGAAUGACCAUACUAUAUACAAAGGCACAGGCAUUCAGGCAGCCAAAAGCAUGAUUGCAUGGUUAAAAUUUGCGCUGUUCAAAGCAAAAAGCAGCAGACACAUUUUAACAGAAGAGCCGGUGUGUUGCCGUCACAAUUUAAAGGAAAAAAGUGUACUCUCUCUGAUCAUUAUUCUUGAUGAUUCCUCUUGUUAUUUGAUGAUAUUUAUGAUUCUAUGAUUAUUAUGAUUCUAUUUAUUAUGGACAUUAUUCUUAAUAUUUAAGCUCUCUCUCUCUGCUGGUUGCUCUUCAUGUUGCGUUGCUCCUUGGUUGAUCUUGUGCUUCUUUGGGAGAGGUGAACCCCCCUGGGAGACCCUGUGCCAUAGAAAUUGUGCCACGGUUCUGACUUUCUCUUUCUCUCUCUCUCUCUUCUUUCUCUCUGUUUCUCAAUCUCUCUCUAUCUCUCUACUUCUGCUCUCUUUCUGUUUUGACUCCCCAGUCACUAACACUGUAAGCAUGCCCCAUGGGACGAUCCACUUUUUUACUCUUGAAUAAAAUAUGCAUGAACCUUU